AUGGGAUCGGAUGCAACUCCAGAGGAGUGUAGUGUGCUUAAUACCACCAACAUCGCUGAAGAGACAAUGUCCAAAUGGCUCUAUACACACACGGAUACCAUCAUCAUAACUACGGUUCUACCGAGUAUCUUGGGUCUUGGUCUAUUGAGCAUCUCACUCUUUCUAUUUGUCGUGUUCCGCAUCUCUAAACUUAAAUCUGACACAACGGUUUACCUGGUGCACCUGUCGCUUGCUGAUUGUUUCUACCUCGUCGCUUAUGUAUCCUAUUACUUAUCAUUCUAUGUGGCUUCUCCCGUUGCUUUGGAUCUGUCGUUCAAACAUUCAGUUGAAUGCUGCCUUUCUGUUGUCAUUACUUAUGUCGGAUAUAUGUCAUCAGUUGCUCUGGUGACUAUGAUGUCAUUUGAGAGAUACCUUGCUUUGUGUCAUCCGCUAAAACACCUGAAAAUUCGCGGUCGACGACGGACGAACAGAAUGGUUGCACUCUGUUGGCUCGUCGGCUUUGUGGUUUCAUGUUUAAUGAUGCCACAUGCAGCCGUCCUCAAGAAACUAUGUCUACAGUGGCCUGAAGCAGCUUUAAGCUCCAUGCCUACCCUGCCGUCUGUGAUUACAAUGUGCGAUCCCUUACACCCCUCUAUCCAUUACUUCACUACGUUACUAGCAACGAUCCCCUGGCUACUUGCACUGGUUGCUAAUUUCUACAUGUACAUCAGGAUCUACCACAUGCUGAACAAACGCAGGAGUUUUGUAGGUAAAGGUGACGCAGACGACAGAGCCAUACGUGUUCGAAACCAGGUUGCCAAGAUGCUUGUUGUGAAUGGUGUAGUAUUCUUCCUGUGCCAAGCUCCAUAUACGGGAGUCUCUAUCAUUCACGUGAUUUGUUUUUUCUUCAAUCUUCCGAGCCCAAUCGAGACAACACUUGGAGCCUCUGCACGCUGGAUAUUUUCACUUCCGCAGAUUGUAAAUACCAUUAUAAAUCCUUUGAUAUAUGGUGCUAUGAGCUCUCAAUACAGAUCUGCAUUCGUCCAAGCUUUUCGGUGCAAUGUCUCACCCGAUGACGGCCGUCCACGUGCUCAACAACAAAUUUAA